UGUUGAAUUUAUUGGUUUAUAGUGGUAUUUUGAUAUAAUACAAGUAUACAAAAUCAAAUAGGGGAGACUAUCUUUUAUUGAAAAUCAAUGAUUAGAAUUUGCUGACUUAGGUAUGUUUUUUUUUAACUGGUAUACGUGCGAACUAAACUGCUCUAAAUCGUUUGUCACGUUGGUCUAUACUCUUUUAUAUUUACAUGUUUGUACACUUUUAAAAGAAUGUUUCAAGGAAAUUUGAGGGACGAUACUGUGCGGAUUUAUAUUUGCGGACCACAUAGCACGGGCAAAACGACACUUCUAAAUGACCUUCGACCUUAUUUAGGUAACAUUAAAGUCGUCGAAGAGGUCGCACGCGAUAUCAUUAAGAGUCAUGGUUGGGCACGUAAGGAUUUUCACCCUGAAAAACACCCGGAUAUAUUCCAGCAAUUAAAUGCGGAAAUUUUGGCAGCACAGAUUGAAACGGAUGUAAAGUAUACAAGUAUGAGACAAGAUUUUAUAUGUGAUAGAGCACUAGACCCGAUUAUUUACUGUGGGUUCUACAUUGAUGAGAGGGCUAAAGAAGCAAUGUAUGAACUAGAUGGCAUUGACCAAUGGUUCGAAAGCUUAAGGAAAUCUCUUGUGAUUCUAGUUUCUCCCCAUCUUGAAUGUAUCCGUGACGACACGGUGCGGCUAACAUCUUCUUUAGAAGAACUGCAGGAGUUCUAUGUCAAGUUUGAGGAGGAACUGCAGCGCAAUAAUAUAAAAUACAUGAAACUCGCACAGCUUGACAGACAAGAAAGAGUCAACAUCGUCCUUAAUGAAAUCAAUAUAUUCAGACUUGGAAAAUCACUGACAGAUGUUGGAAGUAACAUAGUGGUAUAGAUAAUGUUUCGACACUGACUGAAAUACAAAAGCAAAAGUUUAAAAUUAAAAGAGUUUCUUAACGCUGGCAUUUGAUUGACCGGUUCUGAAUGAUUAAUGGCAAGGGUGCAUUCUGGGACUGGCCUGGAAACUAAGAAGUUUUCCAUGUUAUAGAAAAGUUGAGCAUGAAUGACAAUGCGCAAACAAUGCUAUCGAAAGAUUUCUAUCACAAUAGCUUUCGUGUUGUUAAGGUUCUCUUAGAUGUUAAAAAACAGACUAUUACUAGUAGGAGCGUGUCAUUUAGAAACUUUAAAAAAUUGAACGAAUCAGAAUUUUCCAGCGACCUAAGUGCAAUAAACGUUGAUUCACAGAAUAUAGACAAGCUUGUGAAAGAGUUUGAACCAGAAAUAGAGGAUGUCCUGAAUAAGCACGCUCCCCUAAAAGAAAAACCUAUAAUUCAGAGAGCACCCAAACCGUUGUUCAAUAAAAAAAUAGCAACAUCUAAAGCAACAAGUUAGAAAGUCUGAGCGUACAUGGAGGCGUUAUGGUAAAACAGAUCAGUUUGAGUCGUAUAAACAAGUAAGAAAUGAAUACAAGUUUGAAAUCAAACGUCAAAAGAGAAACACACCCAGUGAGAAGAUAGAAAACGCUAAAGGUGAUUCCAAGACUCUGUAUGAAUUGGUAUCUGAACUAACUGGUACCAAAUCUGAAAACCCACUGCCUCAAGAAGAGUCUAAUAAUUCAUCGGCCGAAAAAUUGCUGACUUUUUCAUGGCAGAAAUCUCAAAAAUACGUCAAUCCCUAAGUGAAUACCAAAA